GCACAGGUAGUUAAUGUAAUCUGGCGUUACCCAAUAGGUCCAAAAGAAAUUAAAAUGUCCCUAAAGUAUGUAUGCUUAAAAUAGAGUUCUUUGGAUCUACGACUACGUAGUUGUAUAUGUGAAAAGACUAGUAUUGGAAGAGUGUAUUUCACGUAGCUUUUUUGUUUUUGAUCUGGCAAAGAUUAGAUGAUCAUAAUUCCCUCACUUGCUUCUCUAUUUUGUUUAAUCAAAAAUCACUAAUCCUUUCAUUCGUCGCCUUCACCAUAACCAUUUUAUCAUUUUUCCAGAACAAAUUAUGAUUACAAAUUUUUUAAAAGGAACGUAUACUAGUUAAUGUUACUAAUCCUUGCGCAUAAAUUGUCAUUUCAUUUUUAACCUUCUCGUGUAUGAUACGGAACAAAAUAAACAAAAAACCCAAUUAGUGUAUCUAAUUAUCUUUGCUCAGGCCCAAUUUUAACAAUGCUUAUAGUUUCUCCAUCCACAUUUACUGACACGGACUAUAUACAAUCCAUCGGCUCUUAAAGGCCCAUUAUUAGCUGGAGAUCGGAGAAAAGGGUCGACUACCUUAGAGAAGUGGAUAUUUAGAUGCACUCAAUAGGAUGCACUAAUGCACAAUACAUAUACGGUAUCACCAAUCACCAUAUAUCCCAUUCCUCAUUCAACUGUCUUUUAGAUAUCUGAUACAAAGUACUAGUUUUUUGUCAAAUACGAUAAAUAAUAUCAUAAUUUUUGUAUUAAAUCCACAGAGCAGAACGCAAAAGUAACUAAAGCUGCAUAAGAGUAUGCUCAUUGUUUAAAUAUCGAAGAAUUUUUCUAUCAUAACGUAAUUUACAAACAAAGUAUUAAUAUCUGUUUAAAAAUUAUAUAAUUUAAUAAUUAACUGAACCAAUGAUAAAAGGACAGAAAAGUUUCAAAACAUGUUUUUUUCUAUAAAAAAGUUUCAAAACAUGUUUCUCAAAUUUUCUUUUAGAAAAAUUAUUUUCAUUCUCUCUCAUUUUCUUAUUUUUAUAUUUUAGUUACUCUCUCAUACUCCCUCCGUUUUAUAAUAGAUGAUGUUUUGAAAAGUUAUUGAUGUUACAAAAUACAUGAUAUUUGAUAUUUUUAAUUAGUUUAAAGUUUAUCGAAAACUGUGUGACCAAUGAUUAUUUUUUAGUAUUUUUGUAGAUUGGUUAGAUUAGAUUUACUUUAUAUUUUUAAUGUUACUUUUUAGAAAAAUGUGUAUGUUUUAAUUCUUGUGUUUUAAUCAAAAUAUCAACUAUUUUGAAACAGAGAUAAGAGAUAGUACUUUUUAGUUACUUUCUAUAAAAAAUGCUUUAAUAUCAUUUUAUUUUUAAUAUGCAAAGUAAAAAAAAUGAAAGGAGAGGUAAUAGUCCAAGCUAAGACCUGGCCUCCACUUUAGUUUUUUAACAUAGAGAAAGAGAAGAAGAAAAAGAAAAGUGUUGAGAAACUGGAGCCUGGAGGCUAGUAUUAAUGCCUUCUAAUUCUGGAGAUGAUAAUGUUCUUCAAAUUCUCAUCAAGAACUUCGAUGUCCUUGCUCUCCCAUUGGUUGCUCUCGUCUACCCUCUAUAUGCAUCAGUGAAAGCCAUAGAGACAAAAUCAUUAGCAGAAGACGAGCAAUGGCUCACCUACUGGGUUCUCUAUGCAAUCAUCUCCCUCUUCGAACUCAUUUUCUCCAAACUUCUUGAUUGGUUUCCGAUAUGGCCGUUCUUGAAGCUGAUCGGGAUAUGCUGGCUUGUGCUACCACAGUUUAAUGGAGCAGAACAUGUCUACAGACAUUUUAUCAGGCCAUUCUACAUGAAUCCUCAAAGAGCUUCCACUAAUAUUUGGUAUGUUCCUCAAAAGAAAUUGAAUUUCUUCCCCAAACGUGACGACGAUGACAUCCUCACUGCUGCUGAGAAAUACAUGGAAAAACACGGCACUGACGCAUUUGAGCGAAUGAUUGUCAGGAAGGAUAGUUAUGAAAGAGGGAGGAGAGGAGGUGGAAGCAAUGAUUAUAUGACCUUUGAUGACGACUAUAGGUACUAAGUUUACCAUGUUUAUAAUUGGGUGGUCGAUCACUGUUAUCGUCAUCCUGUUUGGCCACAUUCAGUUGUAAGCUAGAUGUGUGACUAUUGUCUUAUAUAUCGCUUUUAUAAUUGCCAGAUUUGUGUCUUGUAUCCUCUAUUUGAUAUUAGGUUUGUUCUUCCAAAUCAUCUUGAACAAUGGGCUGGUAUACACACAGAAAACCUGAAACU